GUUUUUUAGGAUUUUCUUAAACGAAGAUGAAAGAAAAAUAUCAAUUGUUUUAAGUGAGAGUGUACAGAGCGAAUUAAUAGUGUUGGAUCUUCUUGGGAAUUUCGGAUGCCCUUGUGCUUGUCGAGUGGUGCGCCCUUCUGCAAUGCUUGAAAUGCUUGCAUACAGCUUUUUUGGGCGUGAUUUCUGUCUCUCAAUCCUGAUGCCAUUCGACUUGUGGUGUUCAAGAUUUAGCAUCCGACAGCUACACUGAGGGAUUCAGCGAAUUUAGAAUAAUUAGGUUCCUCCGGUCUUGCAUUUGCAAGCUUUUCUUGGGUGAUUCUGGGAAUCCUCUUGCAAGCGUAUGAUCUGUUUGCUAAAUUGCCGAGGUGGCGAUGGAGGAAGCAAGAUGCAAUUCGUCGUGGACUAGGGAGCAGGAAAAGGCAUCUGAGAGUGUUCUAGCAGCUUACCCUGAGGAUUGCAGCACACGGUGGGAGAAAAUCGCUCUUGCUUCUUGUAGAGGAUGUCAAUGGCAUCGAGUCUGAACGAGUCCCUUUGCCAUGCCCACUCAUCUUCCUCGGAAGGUGGUGACCCGGCCAACGAAGAUGGCAUUGUAUAGACGGGAGGGCACUCUCAUGAUGAUGAUUCUGGCCGUUGGUGGGAAAGCAUCAACGUCUGCUCAAGAAUGCAGGAAAGGAAUAACAUGGACUAAAGAUGAGCACAGGUAAAAUCAUACGAUCUUUUUCUUGAUGACAUGAACAUAGUAGCCAAGAUUAAAUGCUUGUAUAUGACAUGGUUGUCUCUUUUCUCCACAAAUGUUCCGUUUUUUCUUUCUAUUUUUUCCUUUUUAAGAAAAUUCUCUAUGCAUGUUCUGGGCUUAGACUCUAGAUGUUUUGCAUCAUUAAUUUCUGACGGUAAAUAACAGUCUUUGGUAGACAUAUUAGUUUGUGGUUUCAUGGCAUUGGCUUCCCAUAUAUGCUGCAAGUUACCUUAACACUCGUUCAAUGCUAAUGAUUUUCUUCACUUUGAAUCAAUCAAGUUCACUGUUUUAUUUUUUGGCAUCCUUCUUGUAGCAGCGAGAGCCAGACAGUAUAUAUGGUUGUCUUACCAUAGUUUUUUGUUUCUUCAAACAUUAAGCUUUUUAUUGAAUAUUUUUAGUUCUUUAUCCUUGGUAUAAUUUUGUAGAUUCUAUUCAGAAAUGUUUCUUGAACUUUUAAUUUUUGUCAGAGUGGAAACUCGAACAAGUAGUUGUACAGUAAUAACCAGUAUGUAAAGUAAGCAAUGGGUUUUUGGAUGCUUCCCCAGUCAUCUUGGCCUUUUGUGUUUCUUCAAGUUCUUUGGGUCGUCAUUCUCUAUCUUGAUUGUAUGAUGUUGUCUAAUUGAAACGAGUAAUAGAUGAAGAAUAAAAGAAUAAAUAUAGAUGACAGUUAAAUUUUAAGUCGCUGUUCCAACAGAAAGCAGAUGUUCAGCAAUACAAUCUUUCAGUCAAUUUUACUCUACCUGAUAUAGUGUAUAACUGUAUAUACAAAGGCCAUCAGCCUCUGGUUUUCAGUGUCAUCUUCUUUUUUCCUCAAAGGCUUAACGUUGACAGCAAAAAUGUAAACGAACAGUAUGAUCCUUUAACAGUUUUAUGAUUGAAUUUUCUUUUAAAGAAAUUAAAAUUUGGAAAAAUCAAUCUUCCUUUCUUCUUAUAUAGAGAUAUUAAUGUGGAUGUAAUCUGGUUUAUAUGGUGAGGUAGCUUAUAUUUGAAUAAGGUUGAUCUGUAUAGAAAUUGUUAGUAUUGUUAACUAAACAUGAUGUCCAGAAAACUGUCAUUUAUAGUUUAACAUUCAGUAAAUUAUGUAUGGUUCCCUUACAAUCUGGAUUACCAUUUGACACAUUUGACGUGACUUCUAGACUGAUAUAACCUUACUCCUAAAUUUGAUCUCACAAUUAUUUUAUUAUUUAAUUCCCUGAGAAGUGGUUCUCACAUUUUUUUCCCACGAAAAUCUUAUAGCAAUGUCACAAAAUAUUUUGAUCCAGCUUCUUUGUUGCAUCUCUAUUCACUUCCAGCAUUGCCUAUUAAGCAAUAAAUAUUUUUGUAAAAGUUCAGGCAAAGUUUUUCUUAUCAUCUAGGUUAUAACUGCAACUACUUAUAUAAACUAACAAUCUUGCCUUAUUUUCAACAUAUUAUUUCUUCUUGGACUUGAAAAGUAUGGAAAAGGUGAUCAGAGGAGCAUUUCCCGGAACUUUGUUAUCUCAAGAACACCUACAGAAGUUGCAAGCCAUGCACAUAAAUGUUUUAUUCGAUUAAACUCAAUUAAUAAAGACAGGAGACGAACAAGAAUCCAUGAUAUCACCACUGUGAUGAAUGGAGAUACAUCACCAGUCAAAUUGAUGCCUCUCUGUAAGCUGCAGGGUAGUCUGCAAAAAUUCUUUUCAAUCAUCUGCCGACCUCUUAUUCCUGCAGUACGCACACCAGUAAAUCUUCCUGUUCCUGCUGCAUCCCCUAUGGUCUAUCCAUUCCAAACCCCAUUUUCUGGUGCCGUAGUUUCUGCGCCCCUGUGAGCAUCCCCCCGGCUACCUAUCAAAUGCCUCCCUGAUCAUCUAUUAGCUAAGUACAUAAAACCUCAAUGUAGAAAAGAAUGGCACAUCUGCUACUUGCAUCUACUUCAUAACACUGUCAAAUAAGCUUAGAGCUUCAAGCACAAAUUUCCGUAAUCGUGUUUGGUAGUUGUACAAUUGCUUGUUUACUUACUGAAUCAUGUAAAAAAAAGCUAUAAUAGAGGAAACUAUUGAUACAGGAAUACAAUAUGCAGUAGUUAUGGCAGUCAAAAUAGAAAAGAGCAGCUUUUUCUGUGUUCCUUAUUCAGUCAAAUUCGAUGUUCUCAUUCAACCUGUUCGUGCAGUUCAUGCUGACAUAUUAGUGAAUCUGCAGAUCUUUUGUGUCUAGAUUAGGUUGCUUUUUGUAGUUUGUGUCUAAUUCAUAUUCCCAUGUGCUUAAUGCCUUGAAUACCAUAUAAAGUUACUUUGUGCAUUUUUUUCUUUUUGACUGAAAUAGUUAUGUGUAUAUUCAGCUUUGAUUUAUUUAAAGGAUAGGCAUGAGUGAUGUCAGAUCAUUGUCUUUUAGAAUUGAACACUACUUACUCUCUUGGCAAGAUAUCUGAAGUAAAUUGGUGACAUCCUAAUAAAUCAUUUUACUACUUUUAGUAUUGGUGCAUGAUUUUCUUUUUACUGCAUGAGCUGAUUUACAUUGAAUGUGUUUUUAAAAUUGGAUUGAUUCUAUCUGAUCCAAUUGCAUCUCUGAAAGACAACUUUUCUUCUCUUUUUUCUUUUCUGAACUUUGGAAACCGAUUACAUUAGCAUUCUAAAUCAGAAUAAUGGAAAUGUGACAAAAAUUUGUUUUACAUGUAAGAUCCUAUUAUGAUAGAGUCCUAAGAAACUUUUGAUAGAUCUUAUAGUGCAUCUAACUUUCACUAAGUGAUGCAAGUAUUAGUGGAAGAAAAUGGAAGCACUUUCCUUCCAUGGGAAGGCUGACUGAUCAUUCUCUGAUCUCAUUCAGUAUAUUCACUUUCCAGAUAGACAAAGAAAGUUAAUAUUGUCCCCUCUAGCUGAAAGAUUCAACAAAGCCACCACCAAAAAGACAGCAGAACAAGCUGCUGACUCAAUAAUGUGUCAGGCAUGAUGGGCAACCUUAAUAUGAUAGUUUAAGUGAUAACAAUAAAAAAGAAACUGGUGGUAUUCUGUUCAAUCUAAGCACAUGGAAUGUCCUUGAAUGAUAAAUGUGAUUAGCUCACAAUCCAGAGUUCUUUUCCUUUUACUGUUGCAAGCAGUUUUCUCUGGUUCAUGUCACAAGAAGAAAAAUCCAGUAUAGCUAAUUUCCUAGGUUGCUGUAAAUUACUUGGUGCUUCUCAAUAGUUGGAAAUUCCUGCAAUCCAUAAACAUUUUUUUAGAAUUUGAUUGGUUCAAUAAUACCACAAGUAGUGGAGAUGCCAGUACCUGGAAAUAGUGGAAACCCACUGCAAAGAUAAGUUCAGAAGAACUUUUGGUUCUUAUCCUUUUUACUAGGAUCAUGACUAUGCUUUUGUGCUAAAUGAGGUGAUGAGGACUCUCCUCUUUUUCUCUUCUUGCUUUAUUAGUAUGCCUUUAUAACCGAUGACAUUAGGAUGACUGUGCAUCACAACUCAAGAUGAUCAAUACAAAGUCACUUUGUCACCUUAUAAAAGCAGACUUGCUAGUCUGAUAGAAGCCAAGCAUCUCAGAUAGCAGUGUCGGUAAAAAACGUGAGCUUUAUUUCAACAUGAAGAUCCCAAACAGCAAUCAAGUGGCAGGAAUUCCAUUCAAGUCCCUUCAAACUGUUUCUGAAUCCAGAAGAUUAUGUCUUCAUUCUACCUCCUCUAGGUGCUCCCGGUACAAACAAAAAAAACUGGAUUUGGUGAUUGAUUGGAUGAGCAAGUUCAGCAAAAAAGCAGACGGCUACGCAAAAAGCAUUCGGGAUCAUGUGAACUUAGGCACAAACUUCUCGGAAACUUUGAAGGGAAAGUUCAGCCUAGGCGCGAAGAUUCUUAAAGCCGGAGGUGUUGAGUGUGUCUUCAGGAAAAAAUUCUGUGUCGAAAAAGGAGAGAAGCUGCUGAAGGCUUUCCAGUGCUAUUUGUCAACCACAGCUGGUCCCAUUGCGGGGCUGCUCUUUGUUUCCAAUAAAAAGCUUGCAUUCCACAGUGACAGAUCUCUCAGACUCAUCUCUCCAAAAGGAAACGUAACCAGAGUCCCUUACAAGGUUUUGAUCCCAGUAAAUAGGGUUAAAAGUGUCAGUCCAAGUGAGAGCUAUGACAAGCCUAACCAAAAAUUCAUUCAGAUUGUUACAGUGGAUGGAUUUGAGUUUUGGUUUAUGGGCUUCCUCAGUUACCAGAGAUGUUUCAAGUGUUUAAGACGAGCCAUGUCAGAAUCCCAAGUUGGAGUUUUGCAAUUGACUCAUUCGAUCGAAGUCUGAAGCCGUCUCUGCAUGUAUUCCACACACGAAUUCAGUAUAAUGUAAUUAUGAAGACUGAAUUCCUUUGUUUAUUUAUUGUCUUUGAAAAAGAAGAAAAUUAUAUUAAAUAUAAUUGAAAGAGAUAGAUCUGGUGAUGCCAAAAAAAAAAAAGAAGUGAUUCUUCACAUUUUU